AGAUUCAGUUCGUGUUCGAAACUCGAAAUUGAACUUGAAAUUCUAGUCUCGCGUAGUCCGGGUAAACAACAAAGCCAGCAGAGCGAUAAGUCGGAUGGAGAUAAUAUAAAUAAUAUAAAUGUACAUAUACCAAAAAAGAUAUUAUGAAGGCUGAAAAACAAAUUUAAAAAUGUUACCUGAUCAAUCUCAAUAAUUUGGGAUUGUUAAGUCCAGUGAAGUGAGUUACAAAGUUUAAGCUUAUAUAAUGCCGUGAUCAAUGAAAGCGAGUGAAUUAAGGGAGUUAAAUUAAACAAACAAAGAUAAGCAAUCUCAAUUAAAAUAAUGGAGGAGUCAUCGCUUUCCCAACUCAAGGCUUUGGAAUGGAGGCGUCUGUUCAACAUGUUCUACAUAGAACCGGUGCUCUUUAUGCUGAUAUUUUCGCAUAUGCUGUCAGGUACUGUCAUGCGCAAUCAGUUGAUUUAUCAGGCCUGCACGGUGAUAUUCCAGUACAAUGAAACCGAUUGUAAGCUAUUGGAUAGCAAAAACACCAGCUCAGAAAUACAGGCCAUAGAAACGGAGCUUCAGGUUUACGUGGCUAACAUGUUUCUAACCCGCACCCUCUUCGAAAGUAUUAUGCCCGCCAUCUGUGGCUUAUUCGUUGGAUCCUGGUCGGAUCAGUAUGGACGCAAGCCCCUGCUGAUUGUCUCGCUGAUCGGCUUUUCCGCUUCUGCCCUGAUCUCGUCUGUAAUUUGCUGGCUGUCCAGCUACUAUAUGGUGAAUCCCUGGUGGUACACCUUGGCAGCCGUGCCACACUCUGUGCUCGGAGGAUGGUGCGUGUUUUCUGUGGCUGCCUUCUGCUUUAUCACGGACACAACGGACAUGAAAACCAGACCCUACAGAAUGAUCUUCAUGGAGAUCAUACUCUUUGUGGCCCUCACAAGUGGCUCGCUUCUAUCCAGUUUUGUUUACGCAGCCACAAGUUCUGCGUUUGUACAGAGUCUCUCCUGUUUGAUAGUCGUUAUCGCAACAUUAUUUAUUAUUUUCUACAUGCCCGAAAGUCUGGGGAUGUCUCAAGAAGAGGCCGACGAAGUGCCUGAAAAAGAAAAGAAUGUCGUAGCCACAAUUUUAGAUCAAAAAAACAAAACGAAUGAAAUAUCGGCUGAAGCCGAGAGAAGCGAGAAUUGUGAAGAUCCCCCCAAAUAUGAGGCUACAGAAAAGCCUUCAGAGGAUAAAGUCGAAAAGGCUGGUUUGUUCAGCUUUAAACACGUUAAGGAUAUGUUUAGCACCUGCUUCAAGAAAAGGGAAAAUAAUGCUCACACCAUCAUUUGGCUGGUUACUUUGGCCGGCUUUGUCUCCAUUUUUGUUGCCGAUGGCGUCAUGACUGUUAAUUACUUGUUCGUGCGCCAACAGUUUCACUUCACAGUGCGUGAUUUUACUAUUUUUGAUACUUUCAGUCAAUCAGUUCCCAUGGUGGGAGCUAUUUUGGGGAUUUUUGUUUUGAGAAAGUUUUUUGGACUGUCCGUUGUUACAUUGGCGUUGCUGUCUCUGCUUUCGGAAGUAGCCGCCAAUAUGGCCAGAGGAUUUGCCUAUCUCUCCUGGCACCUUUACCUAUCUGUUGUCCUAGGAAUCUUUCGCUCCAUUCAGGGUCCCAUGUUUCGCACAAUUGUAUCGAAUAUAGUUCCGCCCUCUGACACUGGUAAGCUGUUUGCCAUCGGCAACAUCCUGCAAUCGUUCGCGCCCUUUGUCGCCGCCCCCCUUUACACGGCCAUCUAUAAGGAAUCCCUGGCCAGCAAUCCUGGAGGAUUUAAUUUCCUCAGCGCCGCCUUCUACUUGCUGGCGUUCAUCCUGAUUGGCUGGGUGAUGCGAAUUAAAUUCAAGCACCGAAAGUUCUACGCCGAGACGCUCAAAUAGCCAAGUAAACUGAAUUUCCAUCAAUAUUGAUUGUGGCAAGUUUGCCAACUUUCCAGAGCUUUGUUUAUGCUUAAGUUGAAAACUUUGUGUGGACAGCAUUAAAUAACUGGCUUUGUGUGAAGCACUCCUCUGUA